AUGGCUGGACAGAAGAGUUUUGCUGGAUUUGACACAGCUCAGCAAAAUCUUUAUUACUGGUACUGGCAAAGGGUGAAGCAGGAGUUCCAGUCACACCAGAGUUACCACUGUGGCUGCUGGUAUGGGCAACAACAGGGUGGUUAUCGUCUUUCUGGCUACAGCUAUGGCUGCGCAGUGGGUGGAAACGCAGACACUCUUCUUUCUGCGCAUGAGAACCCAGAACACCCAGCUGGAACUUCAGUUAUUAUGUCUGAGGGAACCACAGCUGUGGUUGAAAAACAAGAUGAAAAUCCACUAGAAGAUCCAAAUCUUCACUUCACUAUUGAGACAUUAAACAAGGAGUUUAUGGUGAAAAGUGAAGAACUCUAUGAUUCUCUCAUGAAUUGUCACUGGCAACCUCUGGAUACAGUCCUCUCUGAAAUCCCAGAGAAGACCUCAAAGUGA